GUCAAACUGAACAGUAGAUCAGCAGUGUACUCGCUCGUUUACUGUGGUACUGCUCCAGAUCGCGCGUCCCCGCCUGCGUGCGUGCGUGCACGCGCCCGGUGACGGCGAGCGUUGAGCAAUCGGCGCAUCACUUCGAUCGGCUCUGGGAUCAAUACAGCAGCUGGCGUCGUGUCGCGUCGCGUCGCGUCAUUGUGCUCGUGCGGCGCUGGAGGAGCGGUGAUGGAUCCCGGAGCGAGCUGAUCGCGGCCAGAGCCGGAGGAUCAUGUCCUAUGUGUCUUCACAAGAUGGAAGGUGUGUGUCUCCAUGCUCUCGGCCUCACACUCCUCUGAAUGGCCACACACACGACUCCCCCGGCUGGAGCCGCCAGCUCCGCGUCAGAGAUGGAGACCAGUUCUACCUGCUGGACCAAGAGGAGGUUCAUCCAGUGCUGAUGAAUGAUCACCGUCCCGUCUCUCACCGACACAAACUACUGCGCAGGACCGUCAGUGUACCUGCAGACAGCAGACCACACCCUGAGUCAGAGCACGCUCGUGCUCGCAGGAAGAGCUUUGCCUCGUCGCGGCAGAGAAGCAUGGAAGCUCCGCCCACUGCCCCUACACAGCCAUUCAGACAACCAAGUUUUCUAAGUCGCCGUCUCAAAGGAUCAAUUAAACGAGCAAAGAGCCAACCCAAACUCGACCGCACAGGAAGCUUUCGCCACAUGAUUCUGCCACGAUUCCGCAGUGCUGACCAGGAGAGGACACGUCUCAUGCAGAGCUUCAAGGAGUCUCACUCUCACGAGUCCCUGCUGUCCCCCAGCAGCGCGGCCGAGGCCCUGGACCUCACGCUGGACGAGGACGCCCUCAUCAAACCCGUCCACUCCAGCAUCCUCGGCCAGGAGUACUGCUUCGAGGUGACGACUGCAUCAGGCAACAAGUGUUUUGCGUGCCGCUCUGCUGCUGAAAGGGACAAAUGGAUUGAGAACCUGCAGCGAGCCAUCAAACCCAACAAGGAUAACAGUCGUCGUGUUGAUAACGUGCUGAAGCUGUGGAUCAUCGAGGCCCGGGAUCUUCCUCCGAAGAAGCGCUAUUACUGCGAGCUGUGUCUGGACGACAUGCUGUACGCACGCACCACCAGCAAGCCGCGCACAGACACCGUGUUCUGGGGCGAACACUUCGAGUUCAACAACCUGCCGGCCAUCCGCAGCCUCAGACUGCACCUGUACAAGGAGACGGACAAGAAGAGACGCAAGGAGAAGAGCACGUACCUGGGGCUGGUCAGCAUCCCCAUCUCCAGUAUAACGGGCCGUCACUUCGUGGAGCAGUGGUAUCCGGUCAUCCAGCCCAGUGUCCUGGCCAAGGGCGGCGGUGUGGGCAGCGGGAAGAUCAUCAACGCCUCGCUGCGCCUCAAGAGCCGCUACCAGACCAUGAGCAUCCUGCCCAUGGAGCUGUACAAGGAGUUUGCCGAGUACGUGACCAACAACUACCGCACGCUGUGUGGCGUCCUGGAGCCGCUGCUGAGCGCCAAGAGCAAGGAGGAAGUGGCCUGUGCGCUGGUGCACAUCCUGCAGAGCACCGGCAAGGCCAAGGACUUCCUGUCUGAUAUGGCCAUGUGUGAGGUGGACCGCUUCAUGGAGCGCGAGCAUCUGAUCUUCAGAGAAAACACACUGGCCACCAAAGCCAUCGAGGAGUUCCUGAAGCUGAUCGCACACCGCUAUCUCAGAGACACCAUCGGAGAGUUCAUCCGUGCGCUGUACGAGUCGGAGGAGAACUGUGAGGUGGAUCCGAUGCGAACGCCUCCCUCGGUGCUCUCAGAUCAUCAGGCUAACCUGCGCAUGUGCUGCGAACUAGCGCUCUGCAAGAUCAUCAACUCUCACUGCCUGUUUCCUCGCGAGCUGAAGGAGGUGUUUGCAUCGUGGCGUGUGCGCUGCGCUGAACGCGGCCGGGAGGACAUCGCUGACCGUCUCAUCAGCUCGUCUCUGUUCCUGCGCUUCCUGUGUCCAGCCAUCAUGUCUCCGUCUCUGUUCAGUCUGACGCAGGAGUAUCCGUCUGAACGCACCUCUCGAACCCUCACGCUCAUCGCCAAGGUGGUGCAGAGCCUGGCCAGCUUCUCCAAAUUCAGUGGGAAGGAGGACUAUCUGGGCUUCAUGAAUGAGUUCCUGGAGAUGGAGUGGGGCUCCAUGCAGCAGUUCCUGUACGAGAUCUCUAAUCUGGAGUGUGUGAGUAACGCCGGGGCGUUCGAGGGCUACAUAGACCUGGGCCGCGAGCUCUCCAUCCUGCACAGUCUGCUGUGGGAGGUCAUGGCCCAGCUGAGCAAGGACGCCAUCCUGAAGCUGGGGCCCUUGCCUCGGUUACUGAAUGACAUCAGCGUGGCGCUGAGGAACCCCCAGCUGCACCGUCAGGCCAGUCACCAGCUGCCCGAGCGUCACAUGACCCGCCCGCCCUUCAGCCGCCUCGCCACCAGUGACUUCCAGAGCCUCAUGAUGAGAGACCUCAACAGCUCUCUAGAUGUCUCUUGUCUGCCGUCUCCCACGGCUGCUCUCUCUCAUCCUGGACUGGCUGCGUUCUCCGAGCGAGAUCUCCGUGCCAACAAAGACGUCUUCUACGUGACCCGCCCACCUCUCGCACGCUCAAGCCCCGCCUACUGCACCAGCAGCUCUGAUAUCACCGAACCAGACCCCAAGGUUCUCAGUGUGAAUAAGAGUGUUUCUAUGAUGGACCUGCAGGACUCUCGCAUCAACAGCGUGUCUAACCUGCACUCGGUGAACGACCUGCUGAACUCGUCUCAGGGGUCUCUGGCCGGCUUCGGGGCCCCUCUGAGGGCCGGAGGGCGUGUCUCGGCCGGCUCCAGUAUGUCGGGUGGUCUGCGUCUGAAUCAGCUGGCCACAGACUCUCUGUCUCAGGCGGCUGCGAUGCACGUGCCUCUGUCCUUCCAGAACCCUCUGUUCCACCUGGCGUCCGACGGGCCGCAGUACCACACGCCCCCCCCGCCGCUGCUGCUGCCGCCCGAGCCCGAGAACGGACACGUGCCCUCCUUCGCUCACAGCGGCUUCUCUCGCAGCGAGGACCUGUCGGCCCUGAGGACGCAGAACAGUCUGGUGCAGCCCAACAUCGUGCACUCGCACAGCUACAGCGACGACUUCACACGCCACAACCAGGCCGACUACGCCCGCAGACAGCUCUCGCUGCAGAUGCAGGAGAAUCUCCAGCAGCAGGUUCUGAUGGGCAUGGCUCCACAGACAGCCACAGGCACCGGCACGCCCGCUUCUCUGGCCACGCCCCCCACCACCAUCCAUCCUGUCCGUCAGGCCUCCAUGGUCCCGCCUCCUCCUCAGCGCAUGAAGCCUCAGCCCUCCCACCAGCUGUCUGUCAGCUCGGCCGUCAACUCCACGCCCCCCAAGACACGCCCCCAGAGCGGGAACCUCCUCCAGUCGCCCGACUCCAGUUUUGGGGGGAGGCAGUUGCCGAGGCAACAGCUGUCGAUGAAGGAUAGCCCCGCCCCCGGCCUGCCGCAUCAGUCCAGCACGGCCUCGGAGACCCCCACCCCUCAAGGCGGAGCCAAUGAGAGCACAGAAAACACACCGAGCAACCAACCAGCAAAACCUUCACAGCAGAGCAACCAACAGCAGCUGCAAAAACCAACCGUGAACAAACAGGGCUCAAAGUCUCCGUCCACUCUCAAUCCUCCCUCAGCAGCGUCUGAGCGUACGGUGGCCUGGGUGUCCAACAUGCCACACCUGUCUGCGGACAUCGAGAGUCUGCGUGUGGACCGCGAGGACUUCAAACUGAAGGAGCACUCCAAGAGCAUGGACGAGUCCCGUCUGGACCGGGUGCGUGAGUACGAGGAGGAGAUCCACUCUCUGAAGGAGCGUCUGAUGAUGUCUCAUCGUAAGCUGGAGGAGUACGAGCGGCGGCUGCAUUCCCAGGAGCAGCAGACCAGUAAGAUCCUGCUGCAGUACCAGAGCCGGCUGGACGACAGCGAGAGACGCCUGCGCCAGCAGCAGGUGGAGAAGGACUCGCAGAUCAAGGGCAUCAUCAACAGGUUGAUGGUGGUAGAGGAUGAGCUGAGGGGAAGUGGAAUGCCUGACCUCAAAACCAGAAUAUUCACAGAACAGCCGAUUUAUGGUGCCCACUCCGGAACAUGAUUGGCCCGCGCAGGACUAGCGGACAUGUGAUUGGUUGAACCUCAACCCAGGAAUGUCUGAUGAUUGGCUGAGAGAGAAGAGAGAGGCGGAGCCUGAGCAGGACGACCAACUCCAACUGGACAAACUCUCUCUCUCUCUUUUUCUCUCACACACGCUGAGUGUAUAUAUGUGUAUAUAAGUGAUAUAUAACUAUAUAUUCCUCAGGUGUGUCUCUCUCUCUCUCCUGCUGUCUUUCUCUCUUUCUUCUGAAUUUUUUGAGCCAAAUGGACGACAAUCAGCAUCUUGAGGCCGAAACAAUCACACCGAUAGCACAAAGAAAAUCAACGCAGAAGGACGGACGGACGGAGAGAGAGAGAUGACUUUAUACUCUCUCGUUCUCUUCCCAUCAUCCCCUGCCUCUCUCCCUCUCUCUCUCUCUCUUUACUGCAGGAGUGUGUUGUGUACAUGUGUGUGUGUGUGUGUGUUUGAUCGGUUGCAGCCUCAACUUCCUAAUAAUGACUCAAUAAUGAAUCUUUUUUUUUUUCAAAUGAUGUUUUGAGGGGCUUGAUUACUUCUGAGCCAAUCAGAUGUCGGCAUGCCGCUCAGAACCCCGCCCCUUCCUGUCCCGAGCUGGGGGGCGGGAUCUCCUCUCCGUGCCUAAAGAGCUCCUUCGAGAACGACUGGUCAAAAAGAGACUAGACGAAGUUUGU